UUGAAGCUAGUCGUUCCAAUAACAGUAUGAAAAAUGGUGCAUGUGCUACGGACGUGUUCGUGCGAAGAAAAACAAUGCUAAUCAAAGGCAAAGCUUAUCAAAACGUGCCUUCCAACAAUUUUUUAUCGGUUUAACUAACUGUUCUCGCUAGUCAUCGAUACUUGAUCCUGUAGGCACCUCAUUCAACGAAAAAAAAAGUUGUUGUGCAAUCACAUGAUACACCGAUGAAUCGGAAAGCUUAGAAAAACAAUUCCUUCCCUCUGAUAAGCAACGCUUUGUCAUGGAAAGUUCAAACGAAUGUUAGAUCUGCCGAACACAUUUCUAAGGGAUUUGCACGGCUCUAUGUGUGUAAUUCUAGGACAGUGAAGAAAAGGGCGAACAGGAAAAAGAAUCAACACAAUGUCUUCACUGCGCUACGAAAUUAACGAUGGCAUUGAGGGUGGCAUCCAGCAGCAGCCAGCGUCGGGCAGCGGUCUCAAAAGUGCCCUGAACGCGGCGCCCGGUGACGAGCUUUUCAAUAACAUGAUGGAGGCUGACUUCAGCAUAAGAAAGCGGCGUGUUUGGGCCCCCGAGGAGGUGUCCCUCGCUUCCGAAGACAUCGACCUGCUCGAUGAUGACGACGAUCUGGAGGAGGAGGAAGACGAUGGGGUCGGUUGUCCGCUGCCCUCAACGCCGGAGGAUAACCAGCUGCUCGAGGCAGAAAUGACUGAGGUGCUGAAGGCAGGCGUGCUUUCCGACGAGAUCGAUCUGGGUGCAUUGGCGCACAAUGCGGCCGAGCAGGCGGAAGAGUUCGUGCGCAAGGUGUGGGAAGCUUCCUGGAAGGUUUGCCACUUCAAGAACCUGCCGGCCUGGCUGCAGGAUAACGAUUUCCUCCAUAAAGGCCACCGGCCUCCGUUGCCUUCGUUCAGCGCUUGCUUCAAGUCCAUCUUUCGCAUACACACCGAAACCGGCAACAUAUGGACUCAUCUGUUGGGUUGCGUCAUGUUCAUCGGCGUGGCGGCCUACUUCCUUACGCGCCCCUCGUUCGAAAUUCAGCUACAGGAGAAGCUCAUCUUCCUCACAUUCUUCAUCGGCGCAAUCAUCUGUCUAGGAUUUUCGUUUGCGUUCCACACGCUGUGCUGCCACUCGGAAAUGGUGGGAAAGCUUUUCUCAAAGCUGGAUUAUUGUGGCAUCGCUUUGCUCAUCAUGGGUUCGUUCGUUCCUUGGCUUUACUAUGGUUUCUACUGUCACUAUAAGCAUAAGCUGAUUUACCUGACUGUGGUGAUCGUGCUUGGAAUUACUUCGAUCAUUACCUCCCUGUGGGACAAGUUUUCGCAGCCAAAUCUGAGACCGCUCCGUGCAGGAGUCUUUAUGAGUUUUGGGUUGUCCGGAAUUAUUCCAGCUAUUCAUUACGUGCUUAUGGAAGGAUGGUUUAGCAAAAUUUCCCAGGCAAGUCUGGGUUGGCUUAUCCUGAUGGGCUUACUGUACAUUCUCGGCGCUCUUUUCUAUGCCUUGCGCGUUCCAGAACGGUGGUUCCCGGGCAAGUGCGACAUUUGGUUCCAAUCGCAUCAGAUCUUCCACGUGCUUGUACUUGUGGCCGCGUUCGUGCACUAUCAUGGCAUCAGCGAAAUGGCAAUGUAUCGAGUAACUGUCGGUGAGUGCGACAUUCCUCAUCAGCAUCCUGCUAUUAGCUUCUAAAUGGGAAAUGAUGGUGAACGAAUGCGUUGCUACACGAGCCCACGAGCUGAUUCCCAAAUGUUGAUGAAAGCGCUUGUACAUCACACACACAUACACACACCCGCAAAGAUACACUCAGUAUGUAACAUCUCAGUGAAGAAGCAGCCCAAAUCACAGCGCGGGGAAUCGGAUUUGUCGGACUAUUAGCUGGUGAGAGAACAAUACACAAUAGCCAGCGACUUGGAUAAUUUAUUAUAGUGUUGUAUCGGGGAUAAUGUUUAAUUGCAAUAUUUGAUUUCUUAUUUCAAUUACUCUUGUUUUCUAUAUUUGUUACAGUCGCAAUGUUUCAGGUAUGCUUGUUUUUGAAUAUGCGUUUUUAAUCCAUAUUAUAUAUGUUGAACCAUCAAUCUAUUAUUAAGAAACCCGAAUGACAGUAACAUAAGUUUACGAUUGGAUGUUCUUGAUGGAUGCGCAACAUUAGCGAGUAGUUCAAAACCAAAUUAUAGACUAUUCAUUCAGAUGCGUGUGGCAUUGCUGCUCGAGCGAUCAUACAAAAUCGUACGUAUCCACGAAUCCAAACCCAUAGUACUUCAUAAACAGCCUGAAAAAGCACAUCGCCAUUAGCUUUGCAUGGUCCAUACACUGCACUGAGAGGAUGGAACCGGUUGAAAUGGCUGCAUGGUGAUAAAUGCAGCCACAGGCAAUAUGUGCUAAUCGUUUCCGAAAUUAUGAGUAUUAAGUUGCACACGCAUACAGAGAUAGUUCAGAUUUAAUGUUAAGGGGUAGCGCAUAUUGGGUAGCAACGUAAUACACACGUAAAAAACACCCUUAAUCAUCAAUCUUUAUUAUUCCGGCUCUUACUUUUCUUAGCAUUUCAUGCAGCAUACACACUAUGUCAACAAGUGUAGAUAAUGGUAAACAUUUAUCAAAAAUAGUAAAUCGUACCACACAUAAUAACUCACUGGGCAAACACUGAUAAAAUCACUGGCUAGUGUCCAACAACAGAAAAGCUGUGGGAGGGAAUGUAACGAGUGGACAGGAACGAACAUUCAUUCUUCUUUGCAACGCGAACGUGUGUCCUUCCAUCAUCGGCUCGGCAGUGGGAUGUCACUCUUUUACGAUGUGUUGUGUUGUUGUGUUGGAAUGGAAGGUGAAG